GGGCAGACCUGUCGACUCUGCCGCAGACAUCUGCUCCUACAGCCGCUCCAGGGAGAAAUAAAGAGCCGUAAACCACAGCACCAACCUCCUUGUUGGGUGUCGUGGACUCGUGUGCGGAAAAAGCGGUUGGGUCUCGGUGCUGUGUUGUCGUGUCGUUGAUGGGACUCACCUCCUGAGUGUGAAGUGGUACAGUCCCGUUACUUCUCUCCGGAGCCUCCUGUGUUUGCAGCAGCGGCAGUUUGGGGCACGACGAGAUGAGCAACAUGCGGAUAAAGUGCACUUUACUCUAACACGGACAAUAGAAUGAACUUAUACCAGCUGGCGGUUUUACUGGGGACAUCAUUGUAUGUGUGUGAUGGUGUCCAUGUCACAGUGCGGGAGAAGCAGCGGCUUGGGAUGCUCUUCCAGUCCGUGGUCCUCCCAUGUCAGUACCAAACGGCCUCCAACCAGGCCCCGGUGGUGCAAUGGUGGUACAAGUCCUACUGUCGAGACCGCACACGAGAGUCCUUCACCCUGCCAGAGAGUCUGGGCGUGCAGGCCUCCGAUCUCGGAGCCAAUUCCCACCUGGAGUGCUCCGACAGCGGCCGCACGGUUCGGGUCGUGGCCUCGGCGCAGGGAGCGUCCAUGACGCUGGCUGAGCACUACAAGGGAAGAGACAUCUCCAUCGUAAACAAAGCAGACCUGCGGAUCGGAGAGCUGAAGUGGGGCGACAGUGGAGUGUACUUCUGUAAAGUCAUUAUUGCUGACGAUCUGGAGGGGAAGAACGAGGGCCAGCUGGAGUUACUUGUGCUUGGCAGGACAGGUCAGCGGGACGAUCUCCUACCUGAGUUUGAUGUGGAGUUUAUGCCAGAGUGGGCGUUUGUGGGAUCUGUAGUCCUGGGCAGCGUCUUGUUCCUGUUGUUGAUGGGGAUCUGCUGGUGCCAGUGUUGUCCUCACUCCUGCUGCUGCUACGUCAGCUGCUGCUGCUGUCCUGACACCUGCUGCUGUCCAAGACACCUUUAUGAGGCAGGGAAGAUGGCAAAGGGUGGACAACAGGCCCAGGUACCUGUGUAUCCCUACUACAUCCCUGGUGUCCCUACUGUGGUCCCUAUUGCCCCGUCAUCCCACAUGGAGCCAAAAAUGACUUCCAUCCCUUCAGUGGAGCAUAACCUGGCGCCAGUGCGCAGUGGUUAUCGACUGAAUGCCAGUCAAGGCCAGGACUCAUCGAAAGUUCUGUACUACAUAGAGCAGGACCUGGCUCAUUUUCCCUCUGCCAAGAUGGCUGCACGCAAACCCAGGAGCCUAUCAGAACUGAGCUCUCUGCACGAUGGUGGGACAACAGACUUCAGACACACCUAUCAGACGGUCCAGAUGAAGGUGCUCCCGCCCAUCGCAGAUCUCGAUGUCCAGUCAGUAGUGAGAGCAGCUCCACCUACACAGAGGCGAGGGCCCAGACGGGACAGAGAACACCUCUCAGAUGAUGAACUAGACCGAAGGUGGAACCCUCGCUCAGAGCACCUGAAGAGAAAGACGCUGGGCAGAAGAGGGCGCACCGGCUCCCUGGACGAGCUGGAGGAAUUUGCUCACUCCUACGACUCCCACAGUCGACGGGCUGAGCCUCCGUACCGCCCGUAUGAUCGGGAUUACAGCCCUCCAAGGCGUUCCUACAAAAAGGAGGAUGAGUGCUGGGGGCGCAGGAGCCCCUCGCCAUUACCCCAGAAGAGACGGGACACAUGGGACAGUGAUCGUCCGUGUCAGCCACCUCAGAGCAGAGGAUACGACAACGCCCUCCUCAACAACAUGUUGGAGAGCAAGGCGAGGGGGCGGGGAGCGGAGCGAGGCGCUGGGAGGACGGACGAGGACAGUGACACUCCCUCCAAAGGCAGCUCCAGAGGAAAAGGCAGCGAUAGUUACAACAGCCGGUCGCCUAGCAACCGUCCAGAAGAGGAUGACCCUUUGCCUCCCUACUCUGAGCGGGAGGCUGAGCGGUACCGCAGGGCUGACCCAUCCACAGACCGGUACCGCACUGCAGAACCUCCCAGGUCAGACAGAUACAGAGCCACUGAACACGCCACGAGGCCUUUCUCUUACACCCGCCCCCAACAGGGAAUGUCCCAGACACUACAGGCGGGCAGAGAGGAGAGGAGCCGAAACCUGAAAUCCGGCUGGACUAACCUCGCAUGAGCAUGAAUGCGAAGCCUCCUAAUCGUGUGGCUCUUGGUGUCUUCCUUAACAGAGCACCGCACCGAGCAGGGACUCACUCAUUGUGUGACAAGGUUUCCCAGCCUCCAUCUGCACAGCACUGCCAGUCCGUUCAUUUAAACCGUCCUGUUGCGACGCAGGAGGGGAUAACUGUUUUCCGCCACCCGCCACAUGACGCCUGACUCCUCUUACUGAUGUAACUGCACUGAGAAAAACAACAUGAAUGGAAGAGAAACGUGCAUAAAGCAGCAUGUGCCGAUGUUUAUGUUCGUACUGGACAUUUUUACUCAAGUGCAUUUAUUAAACCAGUGUAUUUCUGCAUGUGUGGCAUAUAGACAAUAUGUAUGUGGUGUGUACAGCUGUUUUAUCUGAUUUUUUUUAAACGUUGUGUGACUGUUUUUACUUCAUAUCAGUGCCAAGACGUGUUUUUUUUUAAUUCUCUGCCAAUGGUCUUUUGUAAACUAAGCAGAACACCAUAGUCUUAUUGUUUUCCUACAGUCUUCAUAGUCAGUAUACUGCAACUCAGGUUCACUGUGUAUUUGUGUGGUUGUCUGUUGUUGAUAUUGUACUGUAUGUAAGUACUGUACCUUGAAUUUGCCAGCAGAUUUGAAUUGCACUGCUUAAAUAAAUACUUUUUGAAUAAAGAAAACGUUAUUAACGGCU